AUGGCCGCAGCAGAUGUACAUCGACUCCACAGGCCACAAGACUUUGAAGGCCAAAAGAUCUUCUUCUACAAAAACCACCCCAUCCGCUUCGUCACAGUGGUCGGCCUGAUUGUGGCCCGGUCCGAAGUGCCCCGGCGCACGAUCCUCACCCUAGACGACAGCACCGGUGCAACCCUCGACAUCGCCUUCUUACACGCCACCCCGACGAACCCUGCCCCCAACCCACUACCCAUCGCACACACGCAAGUUCCAGACCCAGACACCCAUCCAAGCACACGACACGUCUCCGCGACUGACGGCACUGCCCUCGACAUAUCACGCCUGCACCCGGGCACCAUGGUACAAGUCAAAGGCACGCUGUCGCUCUUCCGGGCCACGAUGCAACUGCACGCGGAGCGGGUCAAAUUCGUCCCCGACACGAACGCAGAGAUGGUGUUCGUGGACGCGCGGCUGCGGUUUCUGCUGGAGGUGCUGCGAACGCCGUGGGAGCUGGGGGAGGAGGAGGUGGCGCGGCUGCGUGGGGAGGCGGAGCGCGGGGGCGCGGAGCGGGAACGGGCAGUCGCCAGAGAGAAGAGGCGGGCGGAGCGGGAGGCGCGGGAUGCGGCGCGGAUUCGGAGGAGGUAUGAGAGGGAGGAGAAGGUGCGCGCAGAAGAGGCGGUUGUUUGUGGGGAGGAUGGGGCACGGGUGAUGCGAGAUAUUCGGUGGGGGAGAAGGGGAGGUAAAAUGAGCUGA